AUGAAAUUCGACGAGUUGCUGUUCAAACAUCUUGGCGAAUUUGGACGUUACCAAAGAAUACAGUUCACGUUGGUGUGCUUGCCGAUAAUAUUUGUCUCGAUGCAUGCGCUCUCCUGGACAUUCACUGCUGCUUCAGUUCCACAUAGGUGUCGCUUGGAAAGCGAAGAGGGAACCCGUGCAAAUUAUUGGACGCAUAGCAGUUUGCUUCUACCGAGUAACUGCACAGAAAAACACAAAGGCCAAUGCAGAUACCAGGAAUGCCGGCUGCGUAACGAAGCAACCUGUCACCACGGAUAUGUCUAUGAUUUAUCCAGUAUCAAAUAUUCGGCCAUUAAUCGAUGGGAUAUCGUUUGUGAAAGAGCGGUGCUGAAGGCACUUAUCCAGUCAACGUACUAUAUGGGGCAGAUGGGUGGUUCGCUUCUGUUCGGCUUUCUCGGUGACAGGAUUGGGCGAAAAAGAGUGUUUUUCAUAGCAAUAAUCACAUUAAUAACAUCUGGUAUCCUAAUGGCAGUGGUACCAUACUGGGCAGCAUUUGCCUUAUUACGUGCCGCCGUCGGUUUUGCGCAUCCUGGCAUUUUUGUAAUCGCCGUUGUUAUUGUUAUGGAACUGGUUGGUCCAUCGAAGAGGAAAAUCGCAUCAGUUAUAUCUGGAUUGUUCUUUUCGUUCGGGCAGAUUUUGCUAGGAUGUCUUGCCUACUUUAUUCGUGACUAUCGUUAUCUUCAGCUUGCAAUUUCUGUGCCGGUAGUGGUGUUCCUGUGCUAUUGGUGGCUUGUUCCCGAAAGUGCAAGGUGGCUGGUUACACAGAAUCGUUAUGAAGAAGCUGAUAAAAUUCUGCAGCGUGCAGCAAAAAUUAAUGGUGCGGAACUACCGGAAAAAUGGUGGGACCAAAUUGAUAUUCCAGAAAAGUCGUCCGGCAAUCGUUCUCCUCAGAGGAAGUACAAUUAUUUCGAUCUUGUACGCACGCCACGUAUGCGAUUACGCACAUUCGCAUGCUUUUUCUUAUGGCCGGUUGUCUCAAUGAUUUAUUAUGGUGUUUCUAUGAAAACUGAUUUUCUUGGUGGUGAUUUCUAUGCGACAUUUAUUAUCGGAGGUGUUGCGGAAGUGCCAGCCCUGCUUUUACUAUUCGCAUUCAUCGAUAAGUUCGGACGGAAGCCGUUUUUUGCUGGAGGCUACUUUGUUGCUGCAGUGUGCAUGCUUACGAAUCUGUUGCUUCCAGCAAAAACACACUGGUUUGUAAGCGUUGCUCAGUUUUUGCUCACGAAAGCUGCAAUAACUAGCUGCUAUGCAGCAAUCUAUACAGCAACUCCUGAAUUAUACCCAACAGUGAUCCGUAAUACGGCGAUGGGCUGUUGCUCGAUGAUUGCCCGUGUGGGUGCCAUCUUGUCUUCUUAUAUCGCAAUGUGGCUGGUGGAGCAGUUCGGUGCCUGGGCCAUGAUCAUUCCGUUCGGUAGCCUUUCACUGGUGGCUGGUCUCAUUGUGAUCUUUUUCAUACCGGAAACAAUGGGUAAGCCUUUGCCAGAGACAAUCGAGGAGAUUGAAGAGGGCAAUACACCGGCCAAUGAAGAGAUGCUAACAUUGUCGAGCGCGGCGGCUAAAGAGAAGAAUGGUGUUGAGUGA